UGAUAAACUACAGAAAUUGUGAGCACGGGAAAGAGUUCCCAAAACAUCUUUCGUAAAGGAUGUCUUGACGGUUUCAAAUUUUGAACGUACAUGAGUUUCCGGUGUCGCCUGUAAAUUUUACUGGGCUCUCUCGUGCCAGUGUUGAUCGCCAGAAGGCGAGGGGGUGAAUCGCUGACGUGUUGCUUCUCUUGUGUUUCGGAAUCCAGGCAGAUUGGGGUUACGUCCCUCUUCUGCGUCGUUGCUGCUGCUGGGACGUCCUCGUUCUCAACGUGAUCCGGUGAAGCUUCCCUGUGGAAUUCGCUGCAGCGCCGCCACAACAAUGGACCAAUCGCUGCUGCUGGCCCUACCGGACGAUGCACUGCUGGCCGUGCUGGCGUGCCUGCCCGCGAGGCACCUCUUGAGCUGCCGCCUGGCGUGCCGCCGCCUUCGGGAUCUAUGCCAGCACCCGGACCUGUGGCGUAGCGUCCGACUGAAGGCAUCGGAGGACUGCCAGCUGGUGCGCGCCGCCCUCCGUUUCGCACCUUGCCUCUGCGAAUUGGACCUGAUCGGCAUGAACAUGGAUGUCGAGGAGCCGGAUUUGUCUGCAUGUGCUGUCGCCAAGCUUGUGGUGGAGCUAACCGGCCACAAAUUCGUGGCCCGGACCACAGCUAUGCUGCGGAAGCAAUCCGCCCUUGGUGCUCUGCGUGAGCUUACCCUGCAGUUUGAUGAUGAUUUUACAUCAGAGCCAAUGCAAACAGAGUGGAAUAUCUCUACACUCUUAGGGGCGGUUUGUAAUGCAAACAGUCUACGAAGUUUAACAAUUGAGAAUAUAUCAGAGGUCCCGCUGCUAGCUUCUUUGGGUGACUUGGAGGGCGGCUCAUUCCUUCAGGAGCUCUCCUACUUAUCUUUUAGUGACGACGACGACACGCUACAUGAAGCUUUAAUGAAGGCGCAUGCGGCCACCUUAGAGCACGUGCACCUCAACACGCGUGAUUUUCCCGUGUCCGAUCUGAAGGUCUUGCCGAACCUCGUCUCUCUUGAUCUCGGUGAUGUCGGCUGGGUCUAUUCCGUUAGUCCUGAGGUACCGAAGCUGCUUCGCGGAGCGUCGUCGCAGCUCCGCUCUGUGGUCAUUUCUUACACAGACCCCUCAAACGCUGAGCUGCUGCUUGCCUUGGCCGCAUCACCUGCUGCCCGUGACCUUGAAACCCUCCGCGUGUACUCUGAAUCAAACGACGUCUUCGGCCACAUGGCGGCCGCCCUACCCCAGUUCCCAGCUCUGCAAAGCCUCACCAUAAGCGUCUGUUGUAGACCAGAGAAUGGGGACUUGAAGCAUUUCUUGCGGGCGCUGAGUCCAAUGACGGCCCCCAGCCUUACUGAGUUGAUACUACGCCCUCCAAGAAAGGUCUGCCUCGACGCCUUGCUGCACGACUCAGCCGUUACGGACCUCUUGCGGCGGAAUCCCCGCCUCCACUUCCACGUGCAGUUCAAUUCCCUUGCCAGGUGUCGUCAUUGCUUGUGGUGCGGCUCAGACUUCUACACGAGGCAGGUCGCGCUAGCGGCACACUGCAGGGAGGCUGGCGGCCCUGCAGACUGCCGCCAGACUGCUGGCUGAGACGCCGGCAUUCCGGGCAUCCGAUGGCCGUCUGUUCGGCAACAGUUCAUUGCGUAAAGUUUCUGUUCAAUUUGUCAUUGUUUUAUUCGGUUCUGUGACCUCCAGCACCUCUCAUAACUUGUACUGUAUUUGUUAACUCUUCUUUGAGAGCUAUAUUUUAACAUGUUCAGAAUUGGUAGGUAAUUGAGGAGAGCCGACUUGUUCUUGUUAGAGUUCCGAUCUGUAUGAGGUCCAAUUAUAUUUUCAGUUAAUGUA